AUGAAGAAUUAUUUACUCCAAACACCUUCCAUCCCCGAAAGUCGACCUCUUUUUCAGUUUGAAUCUGGAGCUCCACUCACCCGUGCAACACUAACUUCACAGCUACGCAGUUUACUUCAGCAGCAAGGACUAGACGAAACCCUGUAUGCUUCACAUAGCUUCAGAAUUGGAGCAGCUACAGCAGCUGGUUCAGCAGGACUCCCUACUUGGCUAAUAAAGACUCUUGGAUGCUGGUCCUCAGAUUGUUAUGAAAGAUAUAUAAGAACUCCGAGGGACGUUUUAGUGUCUGCAACAUCAAAACUGAUUGCAAAUACAAACCAAAAGGUCUAA